UCGCGCGGAAGUGACCCAGUUGCGCACAGACCUGAUUAGACACUAUCCCCUAAUAGCAUAUGAUAUCCUGCGUAUCAUCCCAUUUUCAUACUGAUCGUACUGUGAUCAUCUCUAACAUACUGAGAUUAUCAUAUAUAAUAUUUCGUUCAGUAUCAUCCCGUUUUCUUUCGCGCAUAUUCUGAGAAUCGACGCAACGUACGACAUGUUACGUAUACCUUUCAGUCGCGCGCGUAUAUUCCUAGGAGUAACGCGUGAUACGGUGUACGGUGACGGGAUGUCAAUCAUCACGCCAUCUGCGGAAUUCAGUCGCCUUUGUCUUUUCGCUCGCCCGGCACGCGGUAUCACAUGGAUUCGAGGGAUCUUCGAUAUUUUAGGCACUUUAUGAUUUCGAAAAUCAUACACUUGGAAAUAGCGAUACGAGAUAUCAAGAAGAGCGUCAAGCAAAUAUCAGAAAAAUUGUCACUUGAUUUGUUCGACAAGAAAGAAAAAGAAAACAUUAAUACGUUGAAAGAUUUCCCGUUGAAAGAACAACACGAAUUGGAUAUUUUAGAACGGAAGUUACAAAAUGACACAAGUUUUCGGGACGAAAUGAUUAAGCAAUUGACACAUAUUCGCAGUGAUUUAAUGAGAAGCACUUCUGUUCGAAUAAUGAAACUUAUUUUGUCAAACGAACUAGCUGUAAAAUAUAGUUGGUUUGGAGCCAAAAAGAAACAAAGCUUUUCUUCUUUAAAUUUAUGCAAAGUUGUUAUAACUGUGCUACGAAAAACACAUCCAGAUGCUUCUGAUGACCAGAUCUCAGCUCCAAUCAAGAUCUGGUUAGCCCAUGCUAAAGAACGUCUCGACAGGCAACGACAACAUGACAAUGCAAAUAACGCAGAAGAAGACACAGAAUGAAUGAAUUUUAUCACUGCAUAGUAAUGAAAUGUGCAAUAUUUUAAUGCAAUAAUAGUACAAAAACGAGACUAAAUGCUGCCACAGUAAUCAUCAUUAGCAUAGGUAUGUUUUGAUGCGUACAUUAAUUACAAUAUUAAAUGUAAUUUUUACGCUAUCAAUAACGCUGUGUUACUAAAUUGUUUUAUUUAUAGUUUAUCAAUUGUUGAUCUCCUUCGAGCUAUAUAAGUAUAUAUGAAUUUAUACGUAAAUCGUAAACAAAGUUGUACGCUUUUUUUUAAGACGGAUCUAAACUGUGUUACUAAGAUGUUAGAAAUUGUUUUGACAGCGCUCAAUUUUAAUUUAUCCAAUUGUUAGUCUCCUUCGAGCCAUAUAAGUAUAUAUGAAUUUAUACGUAAAUCGUAAGUAAAAUUGUACGCUUUUUUUUAAGACGGAUCUAAGCUGUGUUACUAAGUUGUUAGAAAUUUUUUUGACAGCGCUCAAUUAUAUAAUAGUUUAUCAAUUAAGUCUCCUUCAAGCCACAAGUAUAUAUAUAAAUUUAUAAAUUGUAAGCAAACUGUGGUGUAAAUGCUACUAACAUCAUUUAUUGAUAAUAAUUAUUCAGCGACAUAAUUAUGUUUUCAAUGGUGUAACAUUGCUAAUAAUAAUAAUAAUUAUAAUUAAUUCUGUUGGCUCAAGCUGCGUCAAA